CGGUCGCAUUAUUUUUACUUUUGAUUUUGUGCCCCGUCCCUCAACGAAAGCAACAACAAAACCCAUCGGCGAUAUGAUGCUGUAAAAUACAGUAAAUGGGUAUUAGUACUGUUGUUGACAUUUCAUCACUAGUGCUCUGCACUGCAGCUGGAACAGCGCUCGCUGUACCGAGAUAUUUGCAGUUAUGGCGUUCAAUAAGAUGUUCAUAAAAGUUGCAUACGCGUUUGUUGGGGUGCUUUUUGGAUUUUCGGCGUUUCUAGUGUGGAACACAGCCUACAAACAGCCGUGGACAGCAGCGAUGGGUGGAUUAUCAGGUGUUCUGGCACUAUGGGCUUUGAUCACACACAUCAUGUACAUGCAGGACUUCUGGAGAACGUGGCUGAAAGGACUGAAGUUCUUCCUAUUCAUAGGUGUCUUCUUCUCAUUGCUAUCAAUCAUAGCAUUCAUCUGCUUCCUGUGUGUUGGCAUCUCCCACAAAGAAUCUCUCACAGAUCCUACCAGUCUGUUCCUGUCAUGUAUGUGGAGCAUCAUGAGUUUAAAAUGGGCAUUCCUGCUCGCCCUCUAUUCUUAUCGAUAUCGCAAAGAAUUUGCCGACAUCUCCAUCCUCAGUGACUUUUAAAUAUACACCAACAAUAACACGUUCAUGCAACAGAACAAAAUUGGAACAUGCUUGGCUAUUUUAAAUGAAUCGGGAGCACUUACUGUGGAUAGCGGGAAAGCUUUAGUUAAAAAAUAAAUAACAUAAGUGGAUCUCUUUUAUUUCCCUUGGUCUGUGGGAAUAUCAGGUGGUUUAAAGUGCAUUAUGGGUAAUGAAUUACAGUGAGAGGCUCCGAUGUCUGUGAGUGUUCCGAAGGAUGCCAUCACUGAUGUUAUGUACUUUGAACUCUCUUUAAUAUUCUCAUAUGCAAGCAUACGAUCAAAAUCACUGUUUCUGAGCCUUUUCACCUUGUGUGUUUAGACACCAAUACUUAUUAAGAGGAUAGAGGAACCUUCUGUCUUUCUCUUUGCUGCUCUUGUUGUCGUCUUGAAUGUUUUCUUGCAAUCUUACAAUGGGACAGAUGAGUGGCAGAUUACGUCUCAGAGUGUCUACUAGGUCAGGUAUCACAAAAUAAACUAUUGUCUUUGUUAUAAACUACAUGUUACAGACUGUAUGAGGUAUGGUGGGUUUCUAUUGAUUUUGGAAUACGCACUUUAUUGUCUAUAAAUUGUUUUAAUGGCUUCUUUAUAAGGAAUUUGUUUGACCAAUUGCAGGCUGGUAAGGGACACAUUAUGACUUUAAGACUUUUGUUCAUCUUUUUAUUAUGACCCCAGAGCAUUAGUAUGGGUGCAGCAUAAAGACUUCUAGGAGCACACUGUAGUUUAAAUAAUCUGAACCAAAUGACUCCCAUAUUUGUAGCAUUUUAAACAGUUUAGGUAUGUACAAUUUUUAGCCUUUUGAUGGUUUAAUGUCAGUGUGUUAUAUCUAUCACAUGUCUGGCAGAUAUUGGUUUUACAGGGGUUUGUUUAAUUUACUGUAGUAUAUAAUAUCACAGACUUCAUGAAUAUAACAUGUUUCUUUCUUUUUAUAUUUACACAUACUGUACAUCAUAAUAAAAUGUGAUUUGAGCUUUUCAGGUAACCAUUAUAUAAUAUUAUAAAAAAGCCAAUAAUGUAUAUAUGUAUGUAUGUACUGAGCAGCCUAUUAUUAAAAAAAUAUAUCAUAUGGA